AUGGAAACAGAGUGUUUGUAUAUGCUAAAAAUCAUACGUAAAUUACAAGAUCCUGUGCCUCAAUAUGUAUUAGGAUGCUUACCAGCUAUAGCAACAAUUGGGUCGCGCCAUGGUGAUGAGACAACAUUGUGCGUUUAUUGGCUCUCUUCUGAUCGUUUUAUUAGAAGUGAUAAUGAUAACUUGAUAACAGAAAUCCCAUACAGACCCUUCGGAGUACACGCCAUGAACAUUGAACAGUCAGUACUUAUGAAAGCAUGUGUCGCCAAGGCAUCCGUGCUAGAGAGGUUAUCGUCGUUGGCAUCGUUAUACUAUAUAUUAAUCGGUAUAGUUUCUGGAAUAUCCAGGGUGGUCGGACCGACUAUCUGUGAUGAGGAUUGGCCAUGUAUACCAUUAGCAUUGUCUCGGACAUUACCUGCAAUCUAUAGGAAAACAAUUCGAAAUAAUCUAGUUGCUUUCGAUCCGAAUAACAUAUUAGGAAACCAUCAACAAACUCGCCGAACAUAA